UGAAAAGAAUGUAGGCUAUUCAGUGACUAUCUAACUCUGAUUAUUGAGUGAUUGUCAGUGAAUCCUAAUAUUCUCUGUCUGAAGGAAAAUCCCCCUUGAUUAUCAAAAGCCACAACACAGGUGCCUGCCUCUGUCUGUAACACAAGCCUCCCUCAGCUGUUGAGGAUGCUGGAAACGUUGGAAAUUACUCAUCUCUAACCAUCAGGGUAACAGACCUCAGCCCGACUCUUUUGUUGCGGCCUCCGUUACCUGCUGCCUGCCAGGAAGGUGCACGGCGGACAUUUUGUGCUUACACAACAGCAAUGUAACACAGCUUCCCGUUACCGGUGUUGAAUGAACUUUACGAUGGCACAUGCCCAUGUCUGGGAAACUGAGGUUUCUUGUUUGCUCUGUGUGCCACAUAAACUUCCUUACAGCUCUCUUACAUUCAUGUUCGAGUGAUGUGCAUCACAUGAUCUCUGGAAACGAUUUCGUUUUGAGCUACACAUUUCCCAAGCCUGACCUCAGACUACCAUCAAUACCUACUACAGCACAAUAACAACAGCUGUAGGCUCCCCCACAGAAAACAAUCCAAUACUAUAAUUAGGCAAAUCUGAACCAGGACAAAAAGUAAUGAUUGUUUUGUAGUAGUAGAAAUGUGUCUACCAAUCAGUAGUUUACAACAUUUGGAGGCGUGUUCACAUACAGCGCAGGACUUGGGGAAGCCUAAUGAGAAAGACUGACAGCAUGUGAAUGUGUGUGUUGCAGGCGGAUGGUCAGUCAGGCAGCCAUGCGAGGCCAGCGUGUGGUGGAGAGCGAGUGUAGGUGCUGGAACCCAGUCUGGCUGCUGGUGUCCCUGCUGGGAUUCCUCGUUUUGGUGGCUGUCAGUGUGCUGCUGCGACUCGGAGACAUAAAGAUAGACAGACGUGCUGUUAACACAAAUGUCAUACAAGCCCCCAUGGGGACACAGUACCCAGUACAACUGGUGAAUGGACGUAACAGGUGUGAGGGAAGAGUGGAGGUGUUCUACAAUAACUCAUGGGGCACAGUGUGUGACGACGACUGGGACAUGGUGGACGCCAACGUGGUGUGUCGGCAGCUGGGCUGCGGCGUGGCUGUGGCAGUGGGGAGCAGCUCUCAGUUUGGACAAGGCUCAGGCCUCAUCUUGCUGGACAAUGUGGACUGCAGAGGAAGUGAAACAGACGUCAGCCAGUGCCGUACUCUGGACUGGGGCGUCCACAACUGUUACCACUAUGAGGAUGUGGGUGUUACCUGCAAAGAGCCAGCAAUGGUGGGGGCAAAAGGUUUUCUGGAUCCCACCACACCCCCUGUGCACAACUCCGGUUUACGAGAUGGCACCAUCCGUCUGGUGAAUGGACAGAACUCCUGCCAGGGCCGGGUAGAGAUCUACUACCACGGAGGCUGGGGGACAGUGUGUGAUGACGACUGGGUCUUCAACGAUGCCCGGGUGGUGUGCCAACAGAUCGGCUGCGGUAAUGCCGUUGCUGCACACACCAACUCCUACUUUGGCUAUGGAACAGGACAGAUUCUCCUAGACAAUGUCAACUGCUAUGGCACUGAACUGGAACUGGCGAAAUGCAAAAGCCUGGGCUGGGGCAAACACAACUGUGGCCAUCAUGAAGACGCUGGGGUCACCUGCACUGGAUCCACCACUGUACCUCCUGUGGCAACAGGAAAUAACCGAGCUCUAUGGCCAACAUAUAACACUGAAGCAACAGAAAAGGUUCCAGUCACCACGUUACCAACUACAAAAACUGUUACAACAACUUCCACAACAAAAGGCACACCAUCCAUUCGUGUCGUGAAUGGUAACGGUAGCUGUCAGGGUCGUGUAGAGGUACUCUACAAAACUAUUUGGGGGACGGUGUGUGAUGAUGACUGGGACAUGACCAAUGCCAACGUGGUGUGCAGGCAGCUAGGCUGUGGCCCAGCUAUCGCGGCUACAGUCCUGGCCUACUUCGGCUACGGUACGGGUCCCAUCCUGCUGGAUAAUGUGGAUUGCGAAGGCUCCGAACUGGAGCUGUCGAAGUGCUUCAACCUGGGCUGGGGUCAACACAACUGUGGCCAUCAUGAGGAUGCUGGGGUUAUCUGUGCACCUUUUGAAUUGUACAUGAUAAAUGGACGUGGCUUUGGAGUAACAGAAAGCAUACCUGCCACCACCACCACCACACAACCACCUGAGGGAACGGUGAGAUUGGUGGGUGGCCAGCACCGAUGCGAGGGUCGGUUGGAAAUGUACUCAAAUUCUGGAUGGGGCACAGUGUGCGAUGAUGCUUGGGACCUCCCGGAUGCUCAGGUUGUGUGUCGCCAACUGGGCUGUGGAGAGGCCACGGCGGCUCGGGGAGAAGCGUUCUUCGGGCCCGGCACAGGAACAAUCCUGCUGGACAAUCUUAAGUGCAGCGGUGCCGAGGCGUCCCUGCAGCAGUGCUCCCAUAUAUCCUGGAAUGUGCACAACUGCGACCACUCUGAAGAUGCUGGUGUCACCUGCUCACUGUCGUGAUUUCAGCAGAACCACACUCCCAUCUCCACCAUGGGUAGGAAGUGGGCGCACCAACCUGGGACUUGUAUGCAUUAUGUAAAUAACAGCUCUCACCUUGCUGAAGGAAUACUCCACCACCAACAACAUACAAAUAACUAAUAUGACAAUAUACUAUAAACUAUCUAUU